CUCUGUCUCUUCACUCCUCAAGUAAAGUAGUAAACCGUGGAAGCAGGUUUUCAUCAUCAACAAAUAUCACAAUCGACACUACAUUUAACCGAUCUCGUUCGUUCCUUUCACAUCCCUACUUCAAUCAAUCAAAGAUCUCCAUGGAUCCUCCUCCUUCUACAUUCCACCGUCGCUGUUCCACCUUCAUCAUCAUCAUUUUCAUCACAGCUGCAGGAUUUGUAACUAGGACAGAGUCAAUCGGAAUCAACUACGGUCAAAUCGCCAACAACCUCCCCUCACCGGAGAAGGUGGUUUCGCUGGUGAAAUGCAUCGGCGCCACCAAGGUCAAGCUCUACGACGCCGAUCCGCGCGUGCUCACGGCGUUCGCCGGCACCGGAGUGGAGUUCAUGGUUGGCCUCGGCAACGAGUUUCUCUCCAAGAUGAAGGACCCAAAGCAAGCACAGGCAUGGGUGAAAUCCAACAUCCAACCUUACCUCCCAGCCACUAAAAUCACCUCCAUCUUCGUCGGCAACGAGGUCCUCACCUUCAACGACACCUCCCUCACCUCCAACCUCCUCCCCGCAAUGCAGGGCGUUCACACCGCGCUCGUCAAUCUCGGCCUCGACAAGCAAAUAACCGUCACAACAACUCACUCCUUAGCUGUUUUAGAAACCUCCUACCCUCCUUCCUCCGGAGCAUUCCGUUCGGACCUCGCUCCGUGUUUAGCACAGAUCCUGAGUUUCCAGGUUAAGACCGGGUCACCGUUCCUCAUCAACGCGUACCCAUACUUUGCUUACAAGGCGAAUCCGAAGCAGGUUCCGUUGGACUAUGUUCUAUUUCAGCCGAAUCAGGGGACAGUGGAUCCCGGCACUGGACUUCACUACGACAACAUGCUGUUCGCGCAGAUCGACGCGGUUUACGCGGCGCUUAGCCGGUUGGGGUGCGCGAAGGUGCCGGUGCACAUCUCCGAGACGGGGUGGCCAUCGAAAGGGGACGACGACGAGGCCGGCGCGACGGUUGAGAACGCAAAGAGGUACAACGGGAACGUGAUCAAGAUGAGCAGUAAGAAGGGGACGCCGUUGAAGCCUGAUGCUGAUUUGAAUAUUUACGUUUUUGCCCUCUUCAAUGAGAACCAAAAACCAGGACCUGCCUCGGAAAGGAACUAUGGGCUCUUUAAGCCUGAUGGUACCCUUGCUUAUUCACUUGGUUUAUCUCCGUCUUCUUCUUCUUCGCCUUCUCCUUCAACCAACGCCACCACCGGUGGUGGCGGUGGUGGUCGCGCACCGCCGCUCCCACCACCCACCUCCUCCUCCGGUUACUUGUCCAUUUCUUCAGCUGCAUCCUCACUGGAGAGAUACUGUUUACUUGGGCCUUGCUUAUCCUUUCUGGUGCUGUUGCUGGUGGAGCUGAUGAUUUUGAGGUUUUGAGGAAUUUUCAAUGUAGAAUCUAGAGAAGACAUCAUGGGUUGUAGUGGCUUGGCAAUGGGAGAGAAGAGAAGAAGAGUAAAGGCAGAAUGAGAAAGGAGUAAAGGGAGUAUGCACUAUGCAUUGCAUUCACUGUCUUUAUUUUAUUGUCGCUUGCUGGUCUGUGAAGGAAAAGCUAGUUUGUCGUGGACUUCAAUUGAGAAGAGCCUUGCCCCACCCAAUCAAUCUAUUAUGUAUUAAUAUUAACAGAAAUAGAUAAAUUUAUUGGUUUGGUUCUCUA